UUUAUGUUAUGUUUCUUUUGUCUACAGAGAGGCUCCGACGAGCUUCUUUCGCAGAGUGGCGUCACCGUCAUGGCGCCCGCCGCUCCGCACCAUGCAGAUAACAACAACCAAGACUCUGCCGCGAAGAAGGUGAAACUAGAACAGAAUGUUGGCAAGCCGUCGCGGGUCAUCCACAUACGGAACAUCCCCAACGAGACCACAGAAGCGGAGAUCAUCCAGCUCGGCCUGCCCUUCGGAAGGGUCACUAAUGUGCUCGUGCUUAAAGGCAAAAAUCAGGCGUUCCUAGAAAUGGCGGAAGAGAUAUCAGCUGUGGCGAUGGUGGCGUACUUCGGCGGUUGCGUGGCGCAGCUCCGCGGCCGGGCGGUCUACGUCCAGUUCUCCAACCACAAAGAGCUCAAGACCGACCAAACUCAUAGCAAUGCAGUAAUAUUUUUGCAGUCGGCAUCGGCGCAGGCGGCGCUUCAAGCAGCCCAAGCCAUCUCCAACAGCGCUGGCGCCGCUCUCGUCGCCGGCGCAGGCGCAGCUCUGCAGCCCGCUAACGGGGGUACAGAGAUACAGGGUGGUCCCAACACAGUCCUGCGCGUGAUCAUAGAACACAUGCUGUACCCUAUAGUGCUCGACGUACUCUACUCCAUCUUCCAACGGUACGGAAAAGUGCUCAAGAUUGUCACAUUCACCAAAAACAAUUCAUUCCAAGCCCUCAUUCAGUAUCCAGACACGGUAUCGGCGCAAACAGCAAAAACGGCUUUAGACGGGCAGAAUAUUUACAACGGGUGCUGCACACUCCGCAUCGACUACUCCAAGAUGACGUGUCUGAACGUGAAGUAUAACAACGACAAGUCGCGCGACUACACGAACCCCACGCUGCCGUCGGGAGAUGGCGACGCGCACCAGCUGUUGACCAGUGGCGGAGUGCUGGCUCCUCAGUUCCUGGGACUUGGCUCUGGUCUGGCAUCUCCGUACGGCGUGGGCGUGGGCGGAGUGGGCUUGCCGGCCUUCGGCGCGCUGACGCUGACCCCCGCCUCCCCCGCCCUGCGCGCCCUCGCCGCACCCCCGCUUCCCCUCGCCACCGUACUUCUCGUCUCAAACCUGAACGAAGAGAUGGUCACGCCUGACGCUCUCUUUACCCUUUUCGGCGUCUACGGCGAUGUGCAGCGGGUGAAGAUACUCUACAACAAGAAAGAUUCAGCCCUCAUUCAGAUGGCAGAGCCUCACCAGGCCCAUUUAGCGAUGACCCACAUGGACAAAUUGCGUGUGUUUGGCAAGGCCAUGCGCGUAAUGCUCAGCAAGCACCAGACUGUGCAGCUGCCCAAGGAAGGCCAACCUGAUGCUGGGCUCACCAGGGACUAUUCCCAGAGCCCUCUGCACAGAUUCAAGAAGCCUGGCAGCAAAAACUACCAGAACAUUUACCCACCGAGCGCGACUCUCCACCUGUCUAACAUUCCAGCUACGGUGUCCGAAGAUGAUAUCAAGGAGGCUUUCACCAAACGUGGAUUCGCUAUCAAGGCUUUCAAGUUCUUCCCGAAGGACCGCAAAAUGGCGCUGGUCCAGCUGCCAUCCAUCGACGACGCGGUGGCGGCUCUCAUCAAGAUGCACAACUACCAGCUGUCGGAGUCCAACCACCUCAGGGUGUCCUUCUCCAAGUCCAGCAUCUAAACGCAACAAGUAUCGCAGCGUCUUCGGAAUAUCACACAAUGUGGCCGUCGCGUCCCCGCACCCGUCGCACAGUCCGCAGCGGCCGAGACACACGUAUCAACAGCAUUUAAAUAUUAUAAUAUAAGGCCCUCUGCACACUCGGCGACGGCGCGGGCCUCGGCGACGUGACUGGCUAUUACAUCGUACCUCUCACACAAAUCGAGAAUUUCCCUCGACUGAAAAUUAAAAUAUAUCUGUAUUACGCUUACUCGGAUCACUAGAGAUUAAGUGCUAUUCUAUUUUCUUAAUAAAUACGUACGUUUACUGUUACUGUACUAAUCUAAGAUACUAUCAUCACAGUCAAACGCUGCAUGUGUAUUCUAAUGUAUUUUGGACGCAUAUCCGAAUGGAACGUGUCUACGUAGAGAGGAUUUAUAUUUUGUGUGAUAUUCAUUCCAUAUUUUGAAUAAGUAUAAUAUCAAUUAUUUUAUUUUUAUAAACUCGUAAUGUUCCCGGUGAUUACAAUAUAAUAUGAUUUCGUUAUAAUGGAUUAUGAUUAUCAGAUGGUAUGUUUUGCAAUUAGAUUGCGCUAGUUAUGUUUGCACUGGGCAAUUCGCGUAAGUACCUAUGGCUCGCAAUGUCAAACAUUGCCUCGCUUGUUUGUGGUUAAGUGCGACAGCCUGUUUAUACCACCUUAAAUUUAAUUAUUCAUCACAUUAUUAGCACAUUGUUGAAAUAUCUCUUGGUCACAUAUUAAUUUGCAGUUAUUAUUCUUAAAUUGUAUUUUAUACAUAAAUAUAUUUUAUUGUCUAUUUUAAUAUGCACAAUUUACUAUUAUUGCAUUUCUUUGUAAGUAAAUAUAGUUUUGUACGCAUACACAUUUUUUUCUUAUUUGAUUAAUGGAAUGUUAUGUUUAGAAAUGUGUAUGUGUGUGCAAUAUUAGUUAUAGAGAUAAUUUUAAUAAUAUAUUUUAGGUGUAACUGUGGCCGGGCUCCGCUCGGCUCUCGGCCCCGCUUCCAUUCUUGUUCCGUUGUUAGGAGAAUAUUGUCUGUUCUACUUCAUUCAUAGUUAUUGACGGUUAGUUAGUGUAAUCACAUCUCUUUAUCGCUAAGCAUCUAGUUGUAUAUCACUAUUUAAAACGUUAUGUUCCGUGACAUAAUAGUGACAUGAUGCAUUUAUUUUGAUGUUAAUUUAUAUUAAUGGUAGCUACAACAUAUAUAAAUGCUCGUGCAUACGUUUCACUAAGUGGUUAAUGUUAGAUAAUUAUUUAUUUGUGUGGUGGCCAGCUCUCGCCAUCACAUGUUUUAGAAUAAUUUUCUCUAUUGCUAUGAACUGCCACACGCAGUGGAGUUGCGGCGUCGGUCUAUAAAGUAUUAGCCAGAUCUGAUUUUGCUCUAUGACAUAUUUAAUCAACAGUAUUUACACUAGGUCACAAUUAAACUUCACUAAACAGUAUUUUAGUUAAUGAACUGUCCUCCUCGGUCCUUCGUUUUGUAUAUAGACACACUCACACUUCGAUGUGUUAACCUUCUCACACUUCGGACUUCGCUAAACUCUCGAUUGGAUUUCACACAUCUUUGCCUUCUUAAAUUAAUUAAAAAAUAUGUCUAGUCCAAUGCAAAAGAGAUUAAGUUUGUGAAUUAAGUGAUUAUACGUUAUCAAAAAUCUUAUGAAUUCGUCUCAAAUAUUUAAAACUCUGGUAGGGAAGCUUUUGUAAAAAGAUUGUAUAAGGUAACGAAUUUGUUGGUAGAGAGGGAUGCCCGAGUGACCGCGCUACCGCUAGGACCAGGUUAAGUGUUCAGUUACACGUCCAGAUUAUGUGAUUAGGCAAAGCAUGCGUGAAACAGAUACCUGAAUUAUGACGAGUUAAGGGAAUACUGAUGCCAUCCGCGGGAGACGAACGCACGGCAUGUUAAUUAAUAUUGUAAGUCAUUAAUAUCAAUCAAUGCAUUACAUAUCUCGACGAUGCCACGGUCGGUAUUCAAUUAGGAUAGAAAGAGGGAAUGUAUAGGUAUUGUAGGAUAAAUUGUACGCAACGCUCGUACGACCUGUAGAUAGAUUGAAUCACGGAUCUCGCUAUCGCGGCUCAACACCGCCGCGUGCGCCGCGUGCGCCGCGCCCGUCGCGUGCAACGCGUACGGCAGAGCAAGUGUCAGCACGUCAAACCCACAGCCAGUCUUAUCGAUUACAUUACUUUCGUCACAUAUCCCACUAUCUCGAAAUAGUCGGCAAAAAUUAUUAAAAAUAAACUUUUAUUUUAGAAAACAUUUGUGAAGUUAUAAAAGUCACAUAUUUACACUAUUAUGAAAUGUAUAAUAUAAUAUAUAUCACUUACAUAAGAAAUAAAGAUAGAGCUUAGUAAGAUGGUUAAACUGAGAAAAAUUAGAUUGUCAUUACGAUGUAAGAUUUAAUAGAAAAAUUUAAUCAUACAAAUUGUAUUAAUCAGUACCUACCUAUAAUAAGAACGUAAAAGUAGUUAUUUGGUUUAGAUAAUGUUAGGUGACCAGGGUGUGGUGAUAUUUUGCACGUUUUUGAAAAUGUUUUUCUAUACGGCGCAUGAUUCGGUGCCUGUGUUUUGAAAUGGUUAGGAGUGGGGUGCGAUUGGUGGUGGUCGAGUGGCGUGAGAUCGGCGGUAAUCGCAAUUGUAAUUUUAAUAAUAAUUAUAUUAUUAUUAUUAUGUAUUUAAAUUAAUAACAAAAAUCACAAAAAGGAGAUUACAUAUCCACUGUACUCAGCGUAGAACGCUACACACAUCCCGCGGAUUCCUUUGUAUUCAUCAUGUUUUGCUCGUGUAUAAACGUAAUUAUUCAGUCGCUUGUGCUCAAUACAUUCGUAGACUUGUCAUUAUUAUGUGUGUAGCGUUUUCAGGCCUAAAUAUUUCUCAGUAACAUUGGUAUUGACUAAUAGAUAAUUAUAGGAAUUUAUGUGUUUAGAAAAGUAUUUUAAAUAUUUAGAAUUUAAUGGUAAUAUUAUUAAAAAAAAAAAAAAUAGAUCAGUGUUUAGGAUGAGAUGCCAAAUUUAAAGUCAAUACACAUUAUUUUAGGUAAAAGGUAAUUGAAGUAAUCUUAACAUUUAUUGAAAAGUUGAUGAAAAUGUUACAGUUAAAUUAUAUUUGAGAGUUUUAUUAAGCGCAAUAUAUGCAAUUUUAUUCAUUGUAAGUGAACAUUGUUUCAAUUUGUUAGUUAAAGUUAUGCGUUGUCAAAUGAUGUGAAUGUUGUUUUCGAAUGUGUUAUGCUCCGUGUGUUGUCGGAGCCGCGGCGCUAUCCUCCCGUUAUCGUGUACUUUGUGUCUCUCGUUCCACGAACAUAUCUGCGCAUAUCAUUCUGAAUAUGCCUUUAUUUUAUUGCGCUUCAUAAUAUAUAUCUCUACUACAUAUAUUAGCUGUAUUUAGUAUCUCGUACGGUAUGAUACAGGCCCACAUAUCACUCAAUUCUCGGCUAAGGCGACUGCCUUCCCUUCGUCUCGGCGGCGACCGCUCCAUGUUUCAUGUAAUUUUUAUAUUGUGUCGUCGUCAUUUUCUUAUUUUAAUUUUAUUUUAAGCCUUUUGUGUGGUUAAUUUCACUCCUUAUUUUUAAUUUCAUAAUUAAACUAUUAUUAUCAUUGACACUUUUUGUUCUUUAUUUUCCGUCCUUUCCCUUCUACCUGAAUCCUUUUUUAUUUUAUUUCCAUACCAAUUGUCUACGAUACGGACGACAGUGCGGAGUCACAGAGGUAGCGUAGUGACAUCUCCACUAGCCUUCAUUAUGUUUGUUGUUUCAUGAGCGUCUGUGGUUAUCAUUUAAUCCCUUUAUUUCAGAACACCUGAAGGAGUUUCAAGAAACUAAUUGUAAAUAAAACUUAUAAAUGUUAAAGGGGAUCAAUAUAAUGAAAUGAUGUACAUUAGUACACAAUUGGUAUUCUAGACAUAUUCGUACUUAUAGAACUUAAUUACUAUCCUGGCGAAAUCUACACUUGACUACAUUUUAAUGUAUCUAUUACGCUUCGAUAUAUUUACAUAUAUGACUUGUGAAUAACAUUCUCUACCUUUUUCAACAGAGUCGGGAGACUCGCGAUGAAUAUUAUAGGUGAAUUAACACGUUGUUUAGUUGAAUUGUGAACGGAGUAAGGGACUUAAAAUAUUGCCAAUGAUAUUAUCUAUGUUUUAUAUAAUAUUAACAAGUGGAAUAUUAUAUUUCGCACAGGGUAUAAUGUGAAUUAAAAUUAUAACGCUGCCUGGUUUAGAUCGUCCGAGGCGGUUCGUGUCCGCGCCACGUCCCUUAUUCCUUCUGUGUGAAAAGAACUGAAACAUUCCGUAUUGAACGUUGACUUAGUGAAAUUAUUGUGUGUCUGCCACUUUAUAUGCGAGGCCAGAUCUGCGUCAUGCGAUUAAGCCGGGGCAGAGGCAAGCGCUGACUUGCUCUGUACCAAACGGCAACUGGCAUCUCACAGCCAAAUUGCUAAUUAAUUUCCAAAUGCAUUCGGCAAAGUGGCAGCUACGCUCGUGUUAAAUUAUUCUGAAGAUGUAAAUAUUAUACACGACUAUGUUAAUAAUUACAAAUUAAAUUAAUAGGAUCUAUAGUAAAGAUUAACAUAAUCAUUACUUUAAGAUUUACUAGUUAAAUAUCCUAUCUUAAUUUCAGUAGUCGCUCUAGUGAAUUAUAUACCUACCUACCUAACUUAUCGAAAACCCUUUCUAGGAAAUAUUACUGUACCUUUCCUUGUUUCAUGAUUUAUGUUUUGGUUGUUUCAUUAAAAGAAUUAAAUAAUGGUGUGCAAAUUAAAGGGUUGUGUGUAAAGUUAAAAUAGUUAAAUAGAUGUAAACGAUCGUUCGAGUAACGAAAUUUAUCUCAACGUUUUCUUGAAGAGCACAUCUAAUUUUGUUCACAGUGGUAGUAAGAUUUGCUGAAACAAUUUGAACAUGUCAAUAUUUAGUCUUAAUUCAAUAUGCCAAAGACCAAUCGUUGGGACAAAAAUAACAGGGAUAUAAUAAUAUUUUUCUUUCAACGUAACUGAAGUUAUAUCUUUAAAUACACGUUUAAAAUUCAAUGGCAAGCUUUAACAGGCUCUAUUUCGAGAUAAAACUUAUUUUCUUGGUGAUUAUUUGUGAAACUUAAUUUUACGAAAUGCUUCGGUCCUUCUAAGACCGUUUGCACUCUAAACUACAUGAUGUAAUGCAGUUAUAUGAAUUAUAAAUAUAUACAACAAUAUUAAUAUCUAAGUGACUACCCUAUUGAACUCUAGAUUUAUUCUUUGUGAUUUUAUAAUAAAAUAUAGUUGAAAAUGGA